ACGAGCCUCCAUGUGUUCUCCAUCGUGACAUCUUCAACCCAAGAAGAAGAAGAAGAGGGGGCAUCCAUGCGCAUCCCCAGCACGCACCAGGGGGUGGGGGGGUGACGACAACCGGCUCCUUCUGCGCGGUGGGCUUUGGGAUCAUCCAGCCGGAGAGGGAUCAAGGAGAGGACUCGUCGCCCUCCUCCCGCCCGCCGCAUGUCGAGUGAUGGUCGGCUUGGCUGGCCGGACGCCCCCCCGCUGCCUCCGGAUCCCCGCGUGGGGACCGCAGACCCCCAUUCCCGGCGGAAAGAAGCCCGGUCCCGGCUCUAGGGCUCCAUAUGGAAACGGAGGACCAGAAUUUUAGGACAAAAGGGAAAUCGUCCGAUUGAAAUGACUUUUCUUUUUCUCGAUUCUUCGUGUUAUUUUGGCCUAUGCAAUGAAUGCAUUUUUGCUUUGAUUGAACUUUUUAAUUUUUAUUAUUUUACGUGGAAGUCGGGCCUGGGAAGACUUGGAAAUUUUCGGGAAAAAAAGGGAAAACAAAUCCAGUAUUGUCCUCCCAUGCAAUGAAUGCGUUUCUGCUUUGAUUGAGCUGUUUUUUGUGUGUGUGUGUGUGUGUGUGUUUACGUUUCGAGGGCUUGCAAGGUGCAGCAUUUGAUUCCAACGGUGAUUAAUUGAGGUGCGUGUAAGAGGACAAACACGUUGGCAGCUCCCACUGCUUUUUUUCUUUCUUUUUGAAUUCAAGAAAAACUGAAAAAGACGAGCGAUAGGACUUCCAUCCUUUUCCCGUCCCGAUCGUCAGUUUUUUUGUUUUGUUUUUUUUUCUCUGCUAACUGGUCCUCAUCCAAACGCAACCAUAAGGCUCCUGGCGCCUGGUCGUCGUCCUCUUCCUCCUCCUCCUCCUCCUGGUCCCUGGUCCCUGUCCUCCCGCUUUUCCGCCUGGCUGGGGUCCCGCGCGCCGUCAAAUAUUUACUUCCUGUACAUCAAGCGGAAAGGGGGUCCCCCUUUCAUGGAAUGCGGGAACAUGGGCCUGUUCGAGCGCGGAGUGCAGAUGCUGCUGACCACGGUGGGCGCCUUCGCGGCCUUCAGCCUCAUGACCAUCGCGGUGGGCACCGACUACUGGCUCUACUCGCGAGGGGUCUGCAGGAGCAAAAGCGGCAACGACAACGAGACCAGCAAGAAGAACGAGGAGGUCAUGACGCACUCGGGGCUCUGGAGGACCUGCUGCCUGGAAGGAAACUUCAAGGGCAUGUGCAAACAGAUCGACCACUUCCCCGAGGACACCAAUCACCAAGCCGACCCGUCCGAGUACUUCCUGCGCGCGGUGCGGGCGUCCAGCAUCUUCCCCAUCCUCAGCGUCAUCCUGCUCUUCAUGGGAGGUCUGUGCAUCGCCGCCAGUGAGUUCUACAAGUCCAGACACAACAUCAUCCUCAGCGCCGGGAUCUUCUUUGUGUCUGCAGGCCUGAGCAACAUCAUCGGAAUCAUCGUGUACAUAUCAGCCAACGCAGGCGACCCAUCCAAGAGCGACUCUAAGAAGAACUCGUACUCGUACGGCUGGUCCUUCUACUUCGGGGCGUUGUCCUUCAUCAUGGCCGAGAUGGUGGGCGUCCUGGCCGUGCACAUGUUCAUCGACCGCCACCGGCAGCUUCGGAUCGGCACCCGCGCCGCCGACUACCUCCAGGGCUCGGCGGUGGCCCGGGUCCCGAGCUACCGGUACCGCUACCGACGCCGCUCGCGUUCCUCGUCGCGCUCCACGGACCCGUCGCACUCGCGCGACGCCUCCCCGCUGGGCCUGAAGGCCUUCGGGGCGCUGCCCUCCACCGAGAUCUCCAUGUACACGUUGCCCCGAGACACCCUCAAGUCAGGAGCGGGGGCGCCACCCGCCAACACCGCCGCCUACAACUCAGAGCGGGAUCACAACUUCCUGCAGGUGCACAACUGCAUCCAGAAGGAUGCCAAAGACUCGGCUCACGGGAACGCUGCCGCCAACCGACGCACCACCCCCGUAUGAGGGGGCGCCGCCCGCCCGCCAUCUUUAAAGGAAACGUGUUGUUUUCCGCAUGACUCUUCCGAAGUUCCAGAAGCUCGGAAAGAGGUCAGAGCCGUCCAGACAAACGCCUCCUUUAUUUUUGGACUCACUGUUUUGCAUUCAAACUGUGAAUUGUUACAGCCCAGCCUGUAACCGCUAGUAAAACUACUAUUAAUAUAUAUAUAUAUAUAUAUAUAUAUAUAUAUAUAUAUAUAUAUAACUUUUAUAAAGAUUCAUAAUAAGAAUAAUCAAGAGAUACCGACUACUUUACUGAAGAAAAAAAAAAAAAAAAAAAAAGUACUGUCGGUGACUCUUUUAGAAGCCUAGAAUAAUAAAGUAUUACUAAUUUCUUUUUUUAAUAGAACAAAACAAAAAACGCAUACCAGAGUCCGAAACUAAGUGCAUGCUAUUAAAACUGCAGCAAAGUUAAGUUUUAAUCCUCCUAAAAGGGGGAAAAAGCAAUUCCUGAG